UUAUAAACCGACGCCCGCCGAUCUUCAAUUAAUCUCUCCAUCCCUUUCCAAGGCAAGUUUUGCACUUCUAAGGAGUACUCUGAGGCAUUGCUCUGUACGGAUGAAUCAAAAAGGAUUAAAGUCUGAGAACGCCACACUCGGCGUUCCGCGAAGCAAUUCGGGAGCUCCAGGAGCGCUCCGGCCGGGGAACACCCCCGGAGCAGCCGGCCUGGGGCACCGGGCCGCCCGGCCCCAGCAUCCCCGCGCUGCCACUGGCCCGACCGGGCCCGCUCGGCAGCAAUCUCACUUCUGGUUGGCUCAAACUUCCAGGCCGCUUCGGGGAGCCAAUAAGGCGCGGGGUUGUUUUCCGGUCCCAAGAUGGCGGCGCUCAGUGGUGCUUCUGUGGAAGGGAAUGGCGGGGAGUGAAGCCUGAAGGAGCGGGCCGGGGCCGCGAGUGCGGAGGGGGAUGAGGUGACGCCGCUAUGGCGAGCGACGGGGGCAGGAAGCAGUUCUGGAAGCGGAGCGGCGCGAAGGUGCCGGGCAGUAUUCAACAUGUGUAUGGAGCUCAGCAUCCACCUUUUGACCCAUUAUUGCAUGGAACCUUGAUAAAACCAGGUUCAAAACCACCUACAACUCCAGUGAAAUUGAAGAAAGUUAGCACCUUCCAGGAAUUUGAAAGUAACACAAGUGAUGCUUGGGAUCUUGGAGAUGAUGAUGAUGAACUCUUAGCAAUAGCUGCUGAAAACUUAAAUACAGAAGUGGUCAUGGAAACAGCUCACAAAGUAAUUCAGAAUCACAGCAAGCUACAAGAACAGCAUAAAUUUCAGGAAGAACAUGUACAGGAAGAAAAACAAGAGGAAUUUGCACAGCUGACUUCCAUUGCAUGUGGUGAUAAUAGGCUUGUUAAAUCAGUCAGUGAAGGUCAUACAUCAAGUUCAUUAGAUAAUGCUAGUGAAAAUUCUUCCAUACAGAGAUCACAGUCACUUCCACAAACUUCCAUACCUCCCUUGACAAGUGGAAUGGCAGACUACAACACCUCAGUUACUCCUGCAUUAACUGAGAGAGAAGCGUCUCGACUAGACAAAUUUAACCAGCUACUUGCUGGCCCAAAUACAGAUCUUGACGAAUUGCGAAAAUUGAGUUGGUCUGGCAUUCCCAAACGGGUUCGUCCAAUUGCAUGGAAGCUUCUUUCAGGCUAUCUUCCUGCAAACGUGGACCGAAGAGAAAGCACUUUACAAAGAAAACGCAAAGAGUAUUUUGCAUUUGUUGAACAAUACUAUGAUUCCAGAAAUGAUGAAAACCACCAAGACACCUACAGACAGAUCCACAUAGAUAUACCACGCAUGAGUCCUGAAGUUUUAAGACUUCAGCCCAAAGUAACAGAGAUCUUUGAAAGGAUUUUGUUUAUCUGGGCAAUACGUCAUCCAGCCAGUGGAUAUGUUCAGGGCAUAAAUGAUCUUGUUACUCCUUUUUUUGUAGUCUUCAUUUGUGAAUACAUAGAAGAAGAAGAAGUGGAAAAUUUUGAUGUUUCCAGUCUGCCUGAAGAAGUGCUGCAGAACAUAGAAGCUGACAGUUACUGGUGCAUGAGCAAGUUGCUUGAUGGCAUUCAGGAUAACUACACGUUUGCACAGCCAGGAAUCCAGAAGAAAGUGAAGAUGUUGGAAGAACUUGUUAGUCGGAUUGAUGAACAAGUUCAUAGGCACUUGGAUCAGCAUGAGGUGAAAUACUUGCAAUUUGCUUUCCGUUGGAUGAAUAACUUGCUGAUGAGAGAAGUCCCCUUACGGUGUACCAUCAGGUUAUGGGACACAUACCAAUCUGAACCAGAGGGUUUUUCUCACUUCCACUUGUACGUCUGUGCUGCCUUCCUUGUCAGGUGGAGGAAAGAGAUCCUGGAGGAGAAAGAUUUUCAAGAGUUACUGAUAUUUUUACAGAAUUUGCCCACAGUACACUGGGGAAAUGAAGACAUCAGUGUACUCCUAGCAGAGGCCUACAGACUGAAGUUUGCAUUUGCGGACGCCCCCAAUCAUUACAAGAAGUGAAUAUAAAGAGACAGGAAUCAUUAGAAGUAACGUGUUCUGCAGUAUUAUGGCAUCUGUUGUUCUGGUUAUGCUUUCAGGUCAUUGCUCUUUCAUUUGAAGUAAGAUGAUCAUUAAAAUUCUGUUAGAAUUUGCAGAAUGAGAACAGAAUACCAAAGAAGUGGACAAAGCAGGAUAUCGAGCAGCGAGUGAACUUAAAAGUGAAUUUUUUUGCUCAGCAUGAAAAAUGAGUUCAGAAGUCUUAUAAUUUUCUUCCUUUCUCCCCUUCUCUAAAUAGAAUUGUUGUCUCUCUUAUUUAUGUUGAGCAGUUUUUCUAUGUGCUUUAGGCUUAAAACUACUUAUGGAAUGAUUUUGUCAUUACUUCAGUGUCACCUGCCAUGACUUUAUCAGCCACUUUUGGUCAGUGAAAUCUAUCUACUUUGAGUGGCAAAAAAUAACUUUUCCUUGAUCAUACAGACUAUAGGAGACAGCAAUGCCUGUGUUUUGAGGUCUGGUUAUAACUCAAAAGACACUGAUAUUAGCACACCAUCUGUUGUUUUUCCAUGGAAUUAGGUUAGAUUACUUCCAUAAUAUAAGAAUAUAGAAGGUUGUAAUGGAAAUUGGUGGCAUUUUUCUAAACAUUAUUCAGUCUUGAAGGAUGCUAUAGAAGCUUUUUAGCCAUAAAAAGGAGUUACUUAAAGCUGAAGACUCAUCUAUUACACUGAAGUAAAUCCCUCUCAAUAUAGUCUGGAGUGCUUUAAAAUUGUGAAUUAAACAGAAGGCAUAGUCUUGUCAAAGUAAUUAAAGUUUCUCUUUUAAGGCCUUGCAAUUUUUCAGCAUGAAAUUUCACUUUUAAGAAAUGUAUUAAGAAGCUUGGUUUACUAAGCAAGAUAUAUUUUUAUCUCAGUUGUUGCCUUAUUCUCCAUUUCUAGUGAUUAGAAAAGGAAAAUUAAUAUAUCUUUCCAAAGCUUUCUUGUUAAAUAAUUUAAUACCCUUUUCCUGAUUAUUCAGAGAAAGAGAGCUAGCUCCCAAUAACAAUAACAGUAACUGUAUACUCAGAUUGCUUGUGGGUCAUUAGCAGAACAAAAAUCCUCCAUGAGUUUAUAGACUAAAAUUAAUGUUUCUUCAUAUAACCAUGGCAUACUGAAUAAUUUCUUAAAACUUACAUAAUUAAAGUGCACUGGUUUUUUUCAAUAAAUAUUUUCUGAUAAGAAUUAUAAUUUUGCUCUGUUGGAUGUAAAUAACUCAUAUUAAUUUGUGCCUACCAUACACGUGUGGGUUAUGAAGGAUGGGAGUUGCAAUUAGCAAUACACUUAAAAGUUCAGACUUACUAUUCCUCAGUUUGGUUCUUGAGUUGCACAGCAUUGCACAGAAAGUGUAGUGCACUUUUAAGUUUGGGAAAUAAAAAACCUUCAAGAGAUUUUUUCUUAUGACUUGUUAUUGAAAGAUUAUUUACAACUUCUUAAAAAUAUGUAGAUACAUAUUUUGAAGAGAGCUUUCUAAAUGUAUUAGUUACAUUACUUGCUUUAGGGGCCUUAGUUCUUCACACAGACUUUGUAAUAAUUAGGUGUUUCAGGGUAAACAAAGUAAAAUACAUUUUACCACCAUGUGAUUAUGAGACCAUGUAUAUUUUAAAAGUAUAUGAAGUCUUUGGUAGAAGCUAAAAAGAGAAUUAUUUCAGAAGCUUAGUUUGGCAACUAGGAUGCAUUUCUUUUCCACUGGUGUCAGCUGGGUGUUUCAGUUGUGAUGGAUACAGGGUCAGGCCUCCCAGAUGGCUGCAUCUGUGCCUGGAAUGUGUAGUGGAUCUGUGCUUCUUACACGUUUGUGUACUGCUUUCUGUAACUUCAGUUUGUGGUCUAAUGUAUCAAAAUUUAUGUUUACAAAGAAUGUCAUAUUGUGCCUAACAGUGUCUACCAAUAACAGAAUAAAAGAAACAUGAAAUUUAUGACCAUUUGCUUUAACCUUGGUAUUUGCAAUCAUUUGUUAAUAGAAAUGCAUAUUAUUGUAUUGAGAGAAGACAACACAGCAUUACGUGGUAUAAGGGUUUUCUAUAAUUAACUUUUUUCUAUUAAGAGUUUAUUUAGGUAGUUACAUGUAACAUGGAAAAUUGAUCCAAAGUUGUCUGCUGUGUCAGAUGCUCCUGCAUAACAUUUUUGGGUCUGGAUAUAUAAAAUUUCCUUCAUUGGGUCCACAUAAGUUGUCUGUCAUGUCUUCCAAAUUCAACAGGUACCUCUUACUUCCCUUGGAAGGAAGUAUUUGCAUUAGAGGUCACAUUUACUAUUGUGUCUGUGUCAGAAGUUGAAUAUUGUACUUGAGCACAUUGCUUUUUAAGGAUAGUGGAAAGUUUCCUAAUGUAAUACCAAUGUUUAUUUAUGUAGAUAUAGACUUUUUUGGAAAAUAUAGAUAUAUAAAUAACAUUUAUAUAUCUAUGCAGAUAGGAGUAGUUCUCAGUAAAUAGAAGGCCAACAUUUAUGUAAAAUUUCAAAUUUUUUUCAAAACCCCACACAUUUAACAAUUUUACAUCUCAGGUAAAAUGUCAUUCCAAAAAAAGUAUUGCAUAGAAAAGGAAAUAGCAUUAUCAUUAUUACAUCCCAUGUACUUAGUUUUUUCAGAUUUCAAGAUUCUGAAUAUUAUAAAAUUUCUUUGUAAUAUGUAUUUUCUUAUGAAGGAGGCAUCUUGACACAUCACUAGUGAAACCAGGCAGUCAUUUCCUAGAACUCAUGUGAAAUAUUUAAAUUGCAGUGUCUGAAAUGUGUGUUAAAUAAUUUCUGUAAUAAAACUUUAAACUAGAAUGUACAAUAUAAAAAGAUUUAUGACUACAGAAUUUGAAAAAUGUAAAUAAUAAAUUAGUUAACUGUGUAAAUACAGUACAUGGAGUAAGAUAGAAAUGUAAGUUGAAAUCUUAGGUAACUCUGUAAUAUGUUAUAAAAAUAUAGUUUCAUUAUUAUUUGGUGCAGUUCCAUAUGGAAAGGCCUGUUAAUUUUUUUUUUAAAUUCCUAACUACAGAAUAGAACUAUCUGAAGUUCCAUUGUAUGCUUCUGACAAACAUUACCACUGAGGCACUGGUUAAAACUGUAAAACUGGUGAAAGAUGAGGAAAUAAACACGUAUUUAUGAAGUGCUA